UAGAGAGUUCUGCUGCUGCUCUAUAAUCUACCAUCAGCAGAAGCAGAGUCAAAGCUAAAGGAGUCUUUUUUCCCCAGUACGUACCGAACCAACUAAGCAUCCACUCUGGCUCGGGCUGCUAAUAUAUACUUCUGCUGCUUUUGCUGCUGCAAAAUUAUUUCACAUAAAGUUCUUCUUUACUCAGUUUUAGUAUAAUUAUACACACAAUACAGAUUGAUUUUAUGCUUCUUCUUAAUCGUUACGCUUUUUUAUAUACAUAUGUAGAUAUAUAUAAAAAAAUAAUUAAAAUAUAAUUGUAAUUAGUUUUUUAAGUGCAAAACUAUGUGCGGUAGCCGAAUGAAAAUUCGCCAUAAUUUUUCGUUCCUAAUUAUUAUCAGUGAAGUAUUUGUAUCCUCGUUGUCUUCGUGGUCCUCGUCGUCGUUAACGUCGUCGUCGUCGUCCUGGUCGUUGUCGUCGUUGUCGUCGUCCUGGUCGCGGUCGUGGUUGUCGUCGGGCAGGCAAGGGCAAUGAAUACAAAUAGCAAAAUGUCAAGUUCAAGAAGUUCGCCGGCGAGUCCCAGGUUACCGAAAUUCCAGCAGCAGACUUGGGAUUCACAGGGUUGUUCUGGCGCCCCGAAAUCUCCCAGAUCCCCAAAAGUACACCAACAGGCAUGGGAAUCAUCAUCAGGUGUUUGUUCGACAGCUCCCAAAAGCCCCCACAGAACCAUGCCAAAUCUACCCCAACAGCAGCCAUUUAAAAGCCCAAAAUCUCCAAGACAUUUCAAAAAUCAGUCAUCCCUUAAUUGCUAUGAAACACCUAGGAGUCCAUCCAUAAGCACAUACAGCAGCUAUAGCUAUGACUCUGCCUCUAGUCGCAAAUUUGAAAACCCUCCACGUAGUCCAAAGAUCACAACCACUUUUGCCAAUGAUGAUUCUGAUUCUAAUUUAAGUUAUUACCAAACACCUUCACCGAUCUCACGGAGUCCCAAAGCACUCCCAACUCUGCCAAAUGAAUCCCCAGAUUAUUAUAUGAGCGGCCAAAUGUCCCAAUCGCCCAGUCGAAGUCCACAUCCACACCAACCACGUAAAUUUGUUUUUGAUACACCCCCAUCUUCGUCUGAGCUACCAUCAGCCAAAAAAUUCGAGUAUUACGAACCACAGACGCCAGAUGAUGACGACGAUGAGCAUCACAUUACCAAAGACUUGAUUAUGAUGGACGAUGCCAACUAUGGUCAUGGCCAUUCACAAUUUCAACACUCAUUACCGAUGUCACCAUACAAACAUAGCCGACACAAUUCCUUGAAGGGUUUUGGCAAGCCACGACCCAAGGAGUCAAUUUCGGUUCUUCCGGAAAUCGACAAUGGCUCGGAUUUAUUUACAUAUCAAAAGCAGGACUUGCUACUAGCCGAUGAUCCCAAUCGGCCUGGAAAUAAUGCGUUUCUUAAGCGGGACUCUUGUGUCACGGAAUCAACUCAAAUAUCUAUGGAUUCAUCGGAUACCAAUAAUACGUCUAUGACAACGGCAACAACCCUUAGUUCGGAUAAUUCGGGAAGCCAAGGACCGGAGUCACGGCGAAAUGCCAUGCAUGGAAAUAAUAUGAGCGACAGUCAUUUUGGUGAGCAUUAUAAGCAUGAGAACCAGCAUAGGCGUUUAGGACGCCGACAUGCCAUAAACAUCACAUCAAAUCCAGGAUAUCAGAUAUUACAUAGUUCCCAUUCAACUUUGGACAGAACAUGCUCCGAUAGUGUAGUUUCCUUACGCUGCAGAAAAUCCACAAGCGAUUUAACCUACGACAAAGAUGACAUUAGCAAUUCAAAUAGCAAACAUAAUGGAAGUUCAAAUAAUCAUGGAAAUAACAGUAAUGGUGUAUCAUCAAAUAAUCCCAAGCCUCGAAGACGUGGCAGUUCCAAAGGUGGUUUGGCCUAUUUAGCUUCACGUAGAAAUUCACGGGAAUCCAUGAAGAGCGCUUGUUCGAACACUUCGAUUUUUUCGAAUGAUGAUAUUGGUCCUUUGGCAUUUCAGGCUUCGACACGUGGUCGUCAGAGGAGAACGUCAAAUUUCUUAGAACUUCCUGUUCCAGACCAUGUAAGACCAAGAGUGUGUUCCCUUCCGGAUCGACCAUAUAAUCCGCGAUUGAGUGAUGAUUUAUAUCGUUUACGUCAUUUCUCAAUUAGCAAAGGAAAUGUUGUGAAUUGCGGAGAUUCAAUAAUAUCAAGAAGAUCACGGAGUAAUACAAGUGUUAAUUCAACAAAUAGCAGGGCUAGUGAGAGGUCACCAUUUGACGGCUCAUGUUGCGGUGGUGGCUAUGCUAAUGUAGAUUCCAUUCCACCGUCCCCAGACACUGAUGACAGUGAACCACCACCUCCACCAAGAUACAGAAUUGUUAUGUUAGGAGAUGCAGGGGUAGGAAAAACUGCACUUGUGUCUCAAUUCAUGACCUCGGAAUAUAUGCACACUUAUGAUGCAAGCUUAGUUUUAGAUGACGAAUUUGGUGAAAAAACUGUCAGUGUUUUAUUGGACGAUGAAGAAUCCGAAUUAGUUUUUAUAGAUCAUCCAAGUGUUGAAAUGAGUGUAGAAAAUUCUUUAACUACAUAUGAACCUCAUGGAUGUGUGGUUGUAUUUUCUGUGGUAGAUAAAACUUCUUUUCGUAUUGCAGAGGAAAUUAUAAAUUAUUUAUGGAAAGAAAAUAUAACAAAAGAUAAGGCAGUGAUACUUGUUGGUAAUAAAGCUGAUUUAGCUAGAGCCAGAGUAAUAUCAACUCAAGAUGGUAAAUCCUUAGCUGCUUCUCGAGAUGCAAAAUUUAUUGAAACAUCUAGUGGAAUACAACACAAUGUUGAUGAGUUACUUGUUGGAACAUUGAAACAGAUCCGUCUAAAAGAAAAUCGCGAAAAGAAAGCUACCUCAUCAAGGAUGAAAACUUCUCGAACUCACAUAUCUUUACACUUAGCUAAAGAAAUUUUGCAAAAAAUUUGCCUUAGCGAUAUAACUAAAUCUAAGAGCUGUGAAAAUCUACAUGUGCUGUAGAUUAUACUUUAAUCUUAAGUUUUUAACUGCGAUGAAAAUGAUGAGAAAAAUGAAAAACAAACUUCUAAAAUUUUAAUUUUAAACAAAAAUAUAUUAUGAAAAAUAAAAACUCUGUUACUUAUUCAAAAAGAAAAAGAAAAAAAAAACCAAAGAAUAUAUUUAUACACAAAAAGUUGUUGUUGGGAUUUUUAGCCAAAACGUACUAUACCUACUCGUGAACUGAAAAAUAAAACACAAGGCAAAAUAUUUGCCUUUAAGACUUUCAUUCUGUUAAAAAAAUAAGAAAAUAUAUAAAAUUUAAAUCAACAAAACCAAAAAAAAUAUUAUUGUAUGUAGAAUGUUAUAAUUAUUAAAUUAUUGUUGUUUAGACUGUUUAUGUAGAUCAGAAAAAAUAAAUUUAAAAAAUAAAAAACAAAUCAGAGAAUAAAAACUGUCAAUUUUCUAAUGCUAUUUUAUAUAUGAAUAUAUUAUUAUCAUGUACUUCAACAAAAAAAAAAACAAAAACAAAUUAUUAUGAUUAUCAUAAAAAUAAAUAACAUUAUGUCUUUCAUGUUAUUUAAGACACAAAAAAAAUAAAAAAAAAAUCUUCCAUAGUAGAUAUUAAAAGGGAAUGACUGUUAUUUGAUGUAGACAUUUCUAGCGCAUAUAGCUUAUAAAAUAUGUAACUUAUAUUCUAAUAUAUAUAUAAGUUUAAGUGAGUCAAAUAGGUAUACAAGAAAAUAAAAACACAAUUAUUUGGGAACACGAAGAAAGUUUUUUUUUUAACAUUUUUGAUUUUGAAAUACAGGGUGUCCUAGAAAAGUUGUUAGAACAAAGUUUUCUUCAGAAAAUGAUUAUAUUUUUUUCAAAAAUCAACCUUUAACCUAUACUCUUGAUGUUUAACCAAAAAUAUAUAACUCCCUUCUUUAAAAAAAAGUUGUCUUUUAAGACCUUACUACAAAAUAUUGUUUUCUGAUUUAAUAUUUCGUACUGAAUUUAUUUAAUUCUUCUAGUUCCCUAAAUAAAUAUUUAAACUUGACUACACUGAAAGCCUUUUAACAAAAAAAAAAAACACAAAACCAAAUUUAAAAAAAACACGCAACUUAAAUGUCAUUUGUACGUCUUAGCCAUUACAGAAAAAUACAAAAUAAUUCUUAUUGUUAUAUUUUUUCUUAAUUUAUUUCUUUUUCAAAUAAUUUUCCAUCAACUUAAAAAAUAAAAAUCUUUAAAAGCUGACAAUCAACAAAUAGAAAAUUUGUUAUAAAUGUUUAAAAAUGAAAAAAACAACAAAAUAUAUUAAUUCAUAGAAAAAUCUUCUUCUAAUUUUGAACUUGUUUAGACUUUUAAUGUAUAAACAAA